AUGACAGAAUAUGAAGCCUAUGUUUUGGGGAUUCGAGUUAUUAUUAGACAGAAUAUAAAAACCUUGAGGGUGUAUAGGGAUUCUGCCUUGGUGGUAUAUCAACUUCAAGGAGAAUGGGAAACAAAAGAUAUUAAACUGGUGGAGUAUAAAAAGCUUAUUUUGGAUCUACUCAAAGAGUUUGAUGAAGUCACUUUCCAUUACGUGCCCAGAGAGGAAAACUAUAUGGCAGAUGCCUUAGCUACCUUGACAGUAGCAUUCAAAGCAGGUGGAAAGUUGAACAUGAUGUCAAUCGACAUGCAGUUAUACGAAUACCCAGAUCAUUGUUAUCAAAUCGAAGAAGUAAAAGAUAAAAAACCAUGGUACCAUGACAUUCUGCAGUACAUUAAAAUUCAAAGUUAUCCAGAAGAAGCUACUGAAAAUAACAAAAGAACAAUUAGAAGAAUGGCAACAGGGUAUGUCUUUGAUGGAGAAAUCUUGUACAAGAGAAGUCAUAAUCAAGUCUUGUUAAGCUGUGUAGAUGUAAGAGAGGGAAAGAUGAUUUUGGAGGAGGUACAUGAUGGAGUGUGUGGAACUCAUGCAAAUGGGCAUAUGAUGGCAAGGAAAUUCAUGAGAUGA